AUGUCGCCCCCGCCGAGCCCCGCGCAGCAGCCCUCUGCCCAGCAGAGCUUUCUGACCAAGAAGAUGGUCAUGGGGGGCAGCGUGGUGCUUUGGAUCGCUUUAAGCUUCUCCGUUAUCAUCUUCAACAAGUACAUUCUCGACAGCCGACUGCUCAACUGGCCCUUCCCCAUCAGCCUGACGAUGGUGCACAUGGCCUUCUGCUCGUCGCUCGCCUUCCUGCUCGUCAACGUCUUCCGCGUUGUGCAGCCGCUGCCCGGCGGGCUCAAGCCCGACAUCUACUUGACGAGCGUGGUGCCCAUCGGCGCGCUGUACGCGCUGAGCCUGUGGUUCUCCAACUCGGCGUACAUGUACCUGUCCGUGUCCUUCAUCCAGAUGCUCAAGGCGCUCAUGCCCGUCGCCGUCUACCUGCUCGGCGUCGCCUUCCGCAAGGACGCCUUCCGCGCCGCCACCUUCGCCAACAUGAUUCUCAUCGCGAUCGGCGUCGCCGUCAGCGCGUGGAGCGAGGCCAACUUCAACGCCACGGGCGUGCUGCUGCAGCUCGCCGCUGUCGCGUUCGAGGCGACGCGCCUCGUGCUCAUCCAGAUGCUGCUGACGGCCAAGGGCAUCUCGCUCAACCCCAUCACGAGCCUCUACUACAUCUCGCCCGUCUGCCUGCUCUUCCUCUCCGUGCCCUGGUUCCUCGUCGAGUUCCCCACGCUCGUCCCCGCCAUGGCGGCCGGCGCGCACCCCAGCGUGCUCGUGUUCGGCGCCAACUGCGUGUGCGCGUUCGCGCUGAACCUGGCGGUGUUCCUGCUGAUCGGCAAGACGUCGGCGCUGACGAUGAACGUGGCGGGGAUCAUCAAGGACUGGCUGCUCAUCGCCUUCUCCUGGUCCGUCAUUGCCGAUCAAAUCACCACCCUCAACCUCCUCGGCUACCUCCUCGCCUUCGCCGGCGUCUGCUGGUACAACCGCGUCAAGAUGCAGGAGAUGAACGCCAAGGAAGCAGCCAGGAAGCAGGCGCAACAAGCGGACGAGGAGACAGGCUUGCUUGAGGCGCCCAGAGAAGCUCAAAAGUAG